AGAGUCAUGGUAAAGGCGCAAUGAUUGACACAGGGAGCACACAUUCGACGAAGGUUCGAAAUACUAGUAGGUUUUCGUUGUACAACUAACAUCGAUAUAUCACAAGUGGUUGAGUUAGAGACGUGACCGAGGCUACCCAUGACCAUGAUUUGGAACUUGGAAGCUAUGUAAAUCAUACUGAUGUUUAAACAUGGUGUAGUUACAGAAGAAGCAGGUGAACAACAAGGUCCCAUGGUCUAGUGGUCAGGACAUUGGACUCUGAAUCCAGUAACCCGAGUUCAAAUCUCGGUGGGACCUAACUUUUUUCAUCUCUUCGCUCUUUCCAUUUUGCCAGAAUAUUAGAAUUGAGAAGAACGAACACGAAAACAAUGAAGAGGGAACAAAUCCACAGAUCAAAACCGCUUAUCCAAAAUGUGAUUCAAAAGCACUAAACCAAAUCACAAUUCAACCGCCAAAUGGAGCAAUUUCCAGCAAAUUUCCCGACUCGAUCGUUUGUCUUCACUUUGUACUGCACCUAUCGCUGAGCCAAACCACAAUGUCCCGCCGGAUCAUGGCAAUGUUCUCAUCCGUCUCUCCGAACAACAGCGAAUGCAGCAUCCCGUCGUAGAUCUUGAUUGUCUUAUCCUCGCUCGCGGCCUCUUCGUACAGCGCUCUGCUAACAUUCGGAUCCGUGACCACAUCCGCGCUUCCGUGGAGGACGAGGAAUGGAACCCUAACGUCUCGCAAUCUGUUCCCCAGACAGUCCGUAGUCCUAAUCAGCUCCACCACUGUCCCGAGCCGCGGCUUGCCUCUGUACCUCAUCGGAUUCAUCUCCGCGACCUUCACCUUCUCUUUCACUUUGACGGAUUCACGGAGUAGGUCUCCCGUGGGGACGAUGGGCAGCGUCGGGAGGAAUUUGGCGACGAUGGUGAGGACCUCGGGGAUCGGCCAGCGAGGUUUGAUCUCGUCGGCGAUUCGGCACAUCGGGGCGACGAGGAUCGCGCCGUCGAAGGCGGUAGGACUUUGGAAGUGGAUGAGGAGGCACAUCGCUCCGCCCAUGGAUUCGCCGUAGAGGAAUGAAGGGAGGCCGGUGAAUUGCUGGUCUCGUUUGAUGGCGUUGAAGUAGGAGAGGCAGUCAUGGACGACGAGGUCGAUGUUGGGAACGUAGGCUUUCAGGCCUUGGGAUCUCCCGUGGCCUUCCAUGUCGAGGCUGAAGCAGGCGAAGCCGUUCUGGGCGAGGAAGAUGGCUGUGGAUUGGAAGGUCCAGCUGCAGUCGUUGCCGUAUCCAUGGACCAUACAGAGCAGGGCGCGAGGUGGUUUGGAGGUGUUCGGCAGCCAUGAACGGGUAAAGAGCUUCAGGCCUCUGGGUGAGGUGUAGAAUGAAUGCCCUGCUCGAAUUCCUUGCUGUUUGUAGUACUCUUGCUCUGGGAGAUCGCCCCAGUAGUGGAUUUCAUCGCUGCUGGUUGGUGGAAUUUCUUGCUCCUGCAUUCUUGGAGAGGGUUGGCCGAUUGGGAUGAAUCGUGAGAUAGUCCGGCGUUUUUGUUGCUUCUGCUGCUGCUUAGGAUUGUGUGGUGGAUUGGUGGCUGGAUGGUCAAUUUUGUCACUUUUCUGAUUUGUCGACAACAGCCAACUGUCAUAAAAGUUUCCAACUUUCAUCAAAGCUGAAGUUUCAGGAAUAUGCUGGGGCAAUGGAAUCAAGUGUGGGUCUCAUGACACUUGGACAAAGAUGGAGAAGGCAGUUGUACUCGAAACUUGAGGUCAGUUUACAUUCUUGGUUCGUCGCUUUUAGAUAUAGGUCAUUGGAUGUUCAAGAUUUGUUUUCUCCUGAAGAAUGGCAAGAUUGCAGAUUAUUUGCAUCCAGGUAUAUUUUUAAGAUAACAUGUAGAUAAAGUCUACCAGAGAGAACAUUUGGCAUAGUGGAUGGGAGAAAACAGUGCCAGACAAGGGCAGUAUGUUAUUGAGAAGAGACUGAACACAUUGGUCAAUGAUCAUCUUGUGACUAAUUUACCUAACCAGCCAGAAGUGGACUUCCGCCACUAUGCUGGAUUUCUUACUGUGAAUGAAACAAGUGGGAGGGCUCUGUUUUACUGGUUCUAUGAGGCAGCCACCCGUCCUGAUGAAAAACCUUUAGUUCUCUGGCUUAAUGGAGGUCCAGGAUGCUCUUCUGUGGGAUAUGGAGCAACUCAAGAGAUUGGCCCUUUUAUAGUGGAUGCUAAUGGAAAUGGAAUUAAGUAUAAUCCUGACUCAUGGAAUAGAGAGGCCAACAUGCUAUUCCUGGAAUCCCCAGUUGGAGUUGGAUUUUCAUAUUCAAAUACAAGUACAGAUUAUAAUAUCCUGGGAGAUGAAUUUACAGCAAAUGAUGCCUAUGCCUUCCUGCAUAAAUGGUUUCUCAAGUUUCCAUCGUACAGAACUCGGAUGUUCUACAUAGCAGGGGAGAGCUACGCGGGAAAAUACAUCCCGGAGCUUGCUGAGUUUAUAAUUGACAGGAACAAGGAUGCUUCACUUCAUAUAAACCUCAGGGGUAUUUUGAUGGGUAAUCCCGAAACAAACGAUGCCGAAGACUGGAGAGGUAUGGUAGAUUACGCCUGGAGCCAUGCCGUGAUCUCAGACGAAACCCACAAGGUAAUCAGCCUGAGCUGCAACUUCAGCAGCGAUGACACUUGGAGCAACAACGACUGCAGUGAUUCUGUCGAUGAAUUGCUGAGACAGUACAAGGAGAUCGAUAUCUACAGCCUCUACACCUCGGUCUGUGCAAGGAAUUCCGCAAGCUCGGAUCAGAAAUCCACCCAAGUUAUGUUCACACGUGCUUCAAAAAUGUGUCAGAUGCCGAGAAUAAUGGGUGGGUAUGAUCCAUGUCUGGAUGAAUAUGCAAAGGCUUUCUACAACAGGCUCGAUGUCCAGAAGGCCCUCCAUGUGAGCGAUGGCCACCAUCUCAGGAACUGGAGCAUCUGCAAUGAGACGAUAUUCAAUGAGUGGAAGUACUCCAAGCCAUCCGUCCUUCCUAUCUACACAAAGCUGAUUGGAGCAGGAAUCAGGAUCUGGGUCUACAGCGGGGACACGGAUGGGAGGGUACCUGUGCUGUCGACUCGGUACAGCAUAAGCUCGCUGGGGCUGAAGAUAACCAAGUCAUGGAGGCCAUGGUACCACCAAAGGCAAGUCAGUGGGUGGUUUCAGGAGUAUGAAGGCCUGACAUUUGCCACAUUCAGAGGAGCAGGCCAUGCCGUCCCUAUCUUCAAACCCAGCGACUCCCUCGCCUUCUUCUCCGCCUUUCUGCUCGGCGAUGCUCCACCUUCUGCCCGAUGAACCCUACCUACAACCCAGAAAGGAGAGGAUACUACCAAUUAUUAGUUUGCAAUAUGAUAUAUCAUCGCAGAGUUCCCUUUUCUGUUUGUUCCCCUUCUUUCCUUUCCCUUUCCAGCCACCAGCCUAAAAGGUUUUUGCUUUGCAGAGUAUGUGAUAGAAAAGCAAGGGAAUGUAGUAAUACUCUUACUAGUAGUAGUAGCUUUUAUUGGAGCGUGUAAAUAAACGCCCCAAUAAUAUUGCAGAUUGCUCCAAAAAGGGUGUUGGUCUUUUCGAACCCGUAGUAUUGGGGCCUAAAAAGCCCACCUGGAAGAAUGAAUAGUACUGGAAUGACCAUUUGAUGGCACCAUAUCCAUUUCUUAAAGCCCAGAUCCAAAUAUGUUUGUAUGCUACACGGACAAUAAUUGUAACAUGGAUUGAGUUGGGUAUUUACGGGUUGAAUGCUCGAGAAUGCUCAUCCAAUGCAAGUUCUAUAAAAGAAAGCGCUCGCUCAACAUUAAACCGU